GAGAGGCUCUAGUUGCUAGAUCACGUGCCAAGUUCCCGCGUAUCGGCGCGGACGAGUUGCGCACGGAAUACCUAAUCGCUUGAAUGUGCCUCACUUAUCCGUCCUCGAUUUUCCCCACUUCUCUACCGUAAACAAGCCAUGUGAAUCCUCACACUACCUCCAACUCAUAUCUGGUAUUUUCUCCACCGAGAAUUACUCCUGACAAUGGCUAAAGUUGAGAGUGCAGGAUGUGUUGGGGUCACAGAAAACCAAACAAAACUUGAUGUAUCAGAGGAAAAGAUGAUGUUGGAAGAAAAAAAUCUAACAAGCCAAUCACUAACAGAAGCCACAGGAAAAGCAGACAAUGACGGGGCAGCUGUAGAAAGAAGGGAAAUUCUGCAACAGGUGCCCAAGAAAAAUAUCAACAUGGUGCCACGCCCAGCUCUGGUAGCUGGUAGAACUAUGAGCGGAAUGCAAGCAAUUCAGCAAUUAACAACAAGUACCCCAGCCCAGACCAUUGUCAAGGUAGAAGCAGAAGAAACAGUAAAUAAAGUCCAGAUAAAGGUAGAAGAUAUAGUCAACAAUGUAGCUACAAAACAGGAGUCCACGCAACAAAUACCUGCACAAACAGUCCUUCAGGCACAAGCCCUUUCACAGGCCAUGGCAGCACAACAGGUCAUCUCGCCUCAAGGGGUAACCACAUACAUCCCUGUAGACAACACCCAGGCUGUCAUGCAGGGUUUGAUCCCCUGCACUGGCACAGUGGUUUUGCUAAGCAGUCCAAGCAGCAUACAGGGCUUCAAGACUGUACUCCCUAACGGGACCCAGCUGAUCUCGACUUCAUCUGGAACAGCGGGAGGUGCUGUCAUCCACGGGUCCUGGCCAGGUAUAACCACCACAGAUGGUAAGGCUGUCAACAUCGUGCAGACCACCUGCACUACAAGCAACGCAGGCGCCACUCCGCAAGUUGUUCGAGUGUCCUAUGUGCCAGUCAAUGGUAACCAUGGGCAAACCCCUGUGGUCCCUCAAGGUGACAGCUCCAGUGUGUCAGUCGAAAAGCUGCCAUCUAUGGUUACAGGUGGUUUUGACGAAGAUGACGAAGAAGCCGCUACUGACCCAACCACCCCUGAUGAGUUAUCAACAUUCGCUAAGCAGUUCCGCCAGCGUCGAGUCGCGUUAGGUUUCACUCAGGCAGACGUUGGCGUUGCUUUAGGCACUCUGUAUGGAAACGUGCUGAGUCAAACUACUAUCUGUCGUUUUGAAGCACUGCAGCUUAGCCUAAAAAACAUGUGCAAGCUAAAGCCUUUGUUGCAAAAGUGGCUCCAGGAAACAGACGCUUCCUCGAGCGGCCACGAGGGAGAGAAACAGCAGAACCCUUCAAACUUCGCCUUUGCGACUCACAAUGGUCCUUACAAAAAGCGAAAGAGACGAACUAUCAUCGAGAAGAAUGUGAAAGGGGUUCUUGAAAACCACUUUGAGAAAAUGCCACGCCCGUCAACCUCAGAUAUCAGCAGCCUCGCGGAGAGCCUGGGCCUAGACAGGGAGGUGGUUAGGGUGUGGUUCUGCAAUAGGCGGCAAAAGGAGCGACGGGUCAGCUCUUCUUCUGUCUCGAACGGAGACGAGGGAUGUAUGAUGGAACAGCACGAUGAUGGAGAGAACUCUGUGUGAACUAAGCUGUGCGCAACUGUUUCGAAAACGCUAUGGCGAUUGUCGAAAGGUAGUUUACCGACCAAAAGGCAAUGUGCUGAUGCAAGUAAAAUACGAUGUUUAGGUUAUCUAGAUACAGUAUGUAUGGAGCAUAGCUCUCUCUUUGGGUAACUAUUUAGCCAGAACUUUUCUCUCCAAGCGCUACCAUUCGACAAUUGCUGUAUUCGCCCGAACAAUGUUUUGAACUCGGUGAAAACGUGCGCGUGUAGGUAUGUAUCUAUAUAAAAAUCAAAACACAACGUGGUUAACUUCUAGGAACGUCAUAAGUAUAUAUGUGUGCGUUUUAGAAUGGAGUGGCGUUAGAUAUUGGACACAGUCUCGUGAAUAAGCGCGUAGUCAUUAGUCUUUUACUCGGAGCCUCUUGGUGAAGUUCUAGUUUGAGAAGUAUAUUUUAUCGCCUUGUAGAAAGCGUCCUACUUAUUUGCGUGGUAAAUUGAUUAUACCUCAAACGUGUGUCUGCCUCGCAGUGUAAUAAAGUAAAGAUGAUAUGGUU